AUGAACGUCACCAAGUAUGGCAAGCGAGCCCCCGUUGUCGGAGGUGCUAAGCGCAUCUACGACGCAGUUAGAAACUUCCUCGGCCUCACAGUGGGCACACCUCUCCAGCGGAAGCUCUCCAAGCUGGCGUACAUUCUCUUCUUCUGUGCCCUCGGGCUGGCUCUGGUCGUCUUUAAAGUCAACAAGUUCGACAUAACCAACCAGGUCAUCAUCUACGCUACCUCGCUAGGCAUCUCAAUCAUCCCCGAGUCGCUAGUUACAGUCUUGACAAUCACCAUGGUUAUCGCAACUGAGGCAGAGCGAGACUACGAGAGUGAGCGCACGGCUGCCGCUGUCAAGUUCGACGUACCCGAUGAAAAGCUCCCUGCCAUCUCCGAAGAGGUGACGGAGCCUGAAGUCCAGUAUGAGGUCGAAAUGACUGACGCGCUUCGCGCCUUUUAG